GUGUGAUAAGGUGUAUACUUGGUAUUUCACUUAGAAUACAUGAGUCUGCCUAGAAGAACAUUUGGAAGUGGAGAGUGAGGACAUUACUCUUCCUCAGACUGAGAUGGAGGUUUAUUCUGGAUCCCAAGUUCUGAUUCCCUGCUCAUUCUCAACUAACAACCUGUAUCCAAAUCCCAAAACCAUCCUAAUGGAAUGGGGGUUCACCCCAGAGGGAAAUGAUAUGUACAGGCCAAUCCUGAAUCUCUAUGACACCUUGGAGGAGCAACUAAAAACACCCAACUUGAGAGCUCAAGUUUUUGUCAAUUUUCUCCAUAAUGGAAACUGCUCCCUUAUAAUAAACGCCGCCCACCCUGAUGACUCCGGAACCUAUGAGGUUCAUAUAAUGACAGAUGGCAUACCCAUUGCCGAAUCCUCAAAAGUGAAACUAAAGGUUAUUAGUGAAGAUGAAGUCAUAGAUGAGACAGAUCAAAGUAAAACCAUUAUAAGAAAUGGUAAAGAACGCAUGAGAAGUGGCAUAAGAAUGGAAGACAAAAGGGAUCCUGCAAAUAUAUUAUCAGAUCCAGAUGUAAUAUCACUUUUCAGAACAUAUCACAAUCUGAAGAGUAGCGGAAUGCUCUAUGUCAUCAUGGGCUGUGGAGGAUUCCUUAUCUUACUUUUGGUCGGAGGAUCUGUGAUUGGAGUAUAUUUUGGGUGUAAAUAUCUGAAACUGAGGAAAUUGACGGAUGAAAUUUUAAUGGAGGAAGGGAGUUCAUCAUCAUCUGAAAGUGCUGAAGAGCUCCAAACAUCAAGUGAAGACUCUGAUGCCCCUUCUUAUUCUGAGUGAGGAACACCAAUAAGAAUUGGAGAAGGGAACAGCUUUUUUUUUCUUAUAAAAUAAAAAAUGUGAGACUUUAAAUUAAAAAAUUCACACCCUUUCACAUCCAUUUGGUGAGGUUAUUUGCUCUCAAUAAAGGGAUAUAAAACCCAAAA